UGCCCCAUAGACUUGUAUGUAGAAAGGUAACUGCUCAUAUAUCAAUUGUACUUCUACAAGGAACGUGUACUCGACAUUCUUUAGAUAAAACUGCAGCUUUCAUCCUGAGUCCUAUAUAUUUCAAAAUACUUUCAGAGCAGCAGAAGAAAUCGUUACUUUAGCCUGUGCUUCUUAAUCCAUGUGGUUAGAUUUUCCAAAUUUUUCUUUCUUCAAUAAGUUUUAACCCAACUGAAAAUAAAAAGCAAAUUUAAUUUCCUAAAAUGAUACAUUAAUGAAGUUUGAUAAUCAAAUUAUUCAUAAAAAGAAAGAAAAUAAACAAAUAUUCGAACAUGUCUGCUACUGGAAAAGUUAAAAAAGCAAACGGAUUUACUUUAACCUGGCAUAUUGAAGAUUUUACUUUGUGGAUGCUUAACAAGAAACAGAGGAUUGAAAGUCCAGUGUUUCGAAACGAACAAUUGCAGGACACGGACUGGAUACUUGCGCUCUAUCUACCUGGAGACGAUGAAGAGGAUAUUAUUUUGAAUCUACACAGAUGCAAAAAAGAUGAAGUUGGCCCGUCUAGAGUAGAUGUAAACGGAAAAUUCUUCAUAGCAAAAACUGAUGGUUCGUAUGUAUUUCUGGAUAAGAUCGGUCAUUUUUUUGAAGUGUAUUCCGUAUACGCGGAACCUUUUAACGUUUCUCAAAAAACUGUCUUGGAGGCUAAUUUCCUGCAUAAAGAUAUUCUGACUGUUGGUUUCCACUUUUUCAUGAACAAUGAUUUUCCUAUUGAUUGCAUUGGACGUUCAAAACUGACUGUGAAAAAAUAUUCCGUUUCUUUGCCGCUGAAAUUUCCUGAUGGUGUUGAGGAAGAACUGACCAUCACACCAAUGUUUUAUGUAAUCCCAGAUCUUCUAAGAUUUCAAAUUUAUUUGUAUUCUCGCAAUUUUACCGAAGCUGUGUAUCCGAUUACCGUUAAAAUUCCGAUGUCCAAUUUUCCUUCUAAAGUUUUCGUACAGUGUAACUUAUCAUUUUUAUGCAACGAGGAUUUAAAAUUUGAGAAAAAAACAAAACACAUAGUUGAACCAAUUAAGGACUAUGGAAUGUCAGUUGAAGUUACCAGAGAGAAUUUUUUUAAACAUUCGAUAUUCGAUGCCAAUCGCAUAAAAUGUAAACUGAUCGUCAAUGUGGGAGGCUACAGUUCCUAUGUGGAGGAGAUAAUUUACAAUCAAAAUGUGCAAGAUUCUUCAACAAGUAGAUGUUUUGGUUUGAGCCAUCUACAAGGUAACUUAAUGCCAUUGUAUUGCGGAAAAGUUCUGUGCGAUUUCAAAAUUAUUGUUUCUAACAAAGAAUUCUCCGUCCACAAAAUUGUUCUAGCAGCUGUAUCACCAGUAUUCCGAGAAUUGUUUGAAAGUGGUAUGAUUGAAUCAAAGAGCUCACAAAUGAAGAUUGAAGAAUUUUCGGCUGAAACGGUUGAAAAAAUGCUGGAAUUUUCUUACAGUGGCAACGUCAAAGAAUUAAUGUGGGAUAUUACUUUGGAAUUAUACUCCAUUGCUGACAAAUACCAAAUCCAAAAACUAAAAACGCUUUGUACUUCUUUUUUGGAAUCUGCCUUAAGAAUUGAAACAGUACCCGAUUUAUUGAUUCUUGCAGAUUUGCAUGGAGAUAUGUUUUUGAGCAAAGUAGUCGAGAACUUCAUCUGUGGUAAUUCCAAAGCUGUAUUUGAAUCGGAGGUGUGGAAACAAUUUAUGAAGAAAAAUGUCCAAGUUGCUUGUGCAACAAUGUACCGUAUUUGCCAGUCGGUGCUACAAUAAAGCACUUUUGGCUCCUGGAAAGGAAAUCAAUUAGAAUGCACUUCAAUCAUCUUGGAACUGAAAAAAUAUUAGAUGUGUAAUAUUGACUUUAGAAAUUAUAAAAUUUUAUUUGAAGACUGU